AUGAGCACAGAACUUCACUCUAAUUAAAAAUUAUUAGCAUUCACCUUGGGUGGCUUUUUAGCAGGAGCAGGCAGUCUUUUAUUAUUCAAGAAAUUAGUUUGCAGACCAAGAAAUAAACCAUCUAAGUGCCCAUUUACUGGUAAAACAAAAGUAGUUACUCAGAGAAUUGCUUGCAUUGAAUUAGGUGGUACUUCAAUUAGAUUAGCUAUUGGAAUCAAAGAAACUCACUCUGAUGGAACUUAAACAUGCAAAUUUGAUUAAGAAACAUUUAAGACUAUUGAAACAAAAGAACCUGAAGAUAACAUUUAAUAAAUUAAAGAGUAUUUUGAAAAUCAAAAUAUUGAUAGUGUUGGAAUUGCUAGCUUUGGGCCUAUUUGCUUAGAUGAAACUUCAGAAUAAUAUGGAUUUAUCACAACCACUCCCAAAGUAUCUUGGAAGAACUUCCCUCUUUUGAAGAGAGUUUCAGAGGUCAUUCCUCACAGAAAAACCCAACGCAUUGGUUUUGACACAGAUGUUAACGCAGCUGCUUGUGCUGAAUAUAAUUUUGGUAAUCAUAAAGCUAAAAAGUCUCUAGCUUACAUCACAGUUGGAACUGGUGUUGGAGUUGGCUUAAUUGUAGAUGGAAAAUGUGUUCAUGGUUUAACUCAUCCUGAGGGUGGUCACGUUUUAAUUAAACCAGCACAAGGCGAAACAUUUUAAGGAGUUUGCAAAAGCCAUGGAAAUUGUGUUGAAGGUAUGGUAACCAAUCAUGCCUUAGCUGAAAAAUUAUAGACAACCAUUAAUGAGCUUUCUAAAAUCGAGGAUUCUCAUGAAAUAUGGAAUAGUGUUGCUUAUUAUCUUGCUCAAUUAUGUCUUAAUUUAACUCUCAUUUCAUCUCCAGAAGUUAUUGUGAUUGGUGGUGGAAUCAUGAACAGAUAACCUUUAUUAGGUUUGAUAAAAUAAAAUUUCAUAAAACUACUCAAUUAGUAUGUUGAUCAUCCCAGAUUAAGCUCAAAUAUUGAUGACUAUAUCGUUAAGCCAUUCUUCACUGAUUCUGGUUUGGUAGGAUCUAUGGUUGUUUGA